ACAUAUCCGCCCGCUGCUCGUCGUCCUUCCUGCCUUUGCUGAGGGAAGGGACGGUGCUGACGGCUGGGAGGACGAAAGGAGAGACAAGAAAGCUUUGGGGAGAUAUUAGAGAGUGGGGAACGUCCCAGGUUUCCACCGUCCGUCGGGAAAUAAACACCCCAAUUUUCUGUAACAGCUGGAGUUGUCAUCGAAUCGGCGCUGAAAAUGUCGACCAGUCGUCAGUUUAGCGAGAGCAGGGCCAUCCCGACCAGGACGGUGUUGAUCAACGACACAACGCAGCUACCUCAUGACUAUUGUACCACCCCUGGGGGCACUUUAUUCUCUACCACUCCUGGAGGAACCCGGAUCAUCUAUGACCGUAAGUUCCUACUGGACCGGCGUAACUCUCCCAUUGCCCAGACUCCCCCAGCUCACCUGCCAGUCAUUCCUGGAGUAACCAGUCCAAAUGUCCUGAGAGAGAACAAGAAGAAUGAAGCCAACAACCACAUCAAAACCCAUGAUGGCAAGCCCAUAACCGGUGAUGAUGCUCAGUUUGAAAUGGACAUCUAACAGACUGGAACCCACCAGCAUAAGCAAAUGACCUGGCAUCACACGUGCCAGUGGCUUGGCUUGUAGAAACCAAUGUUGUGAGCCCUCAUGGCAGCCAUCUUCUUUCGCUCUCUGUCUCGCUGCUGGAUGUAAUGUGUGUAAACCAUGGGAAUUCAAUGUAUCAUACAUACAGGUACAGUGUCGCCAACUCCGGAAACUAUGUUUAUUUGUAUAGAUUUUCAUGGUUACCAGUUGAUGUACAAACCACACAAUGAGGGAGCGGGCCUGAAUAUUAUGUACCCAGACAUAUUGUCCAAUUAGCAGAUUGCAGUGCUCACCUUCCAGCUUUCUGUGAGUCAGGAUCUUUAACAGAGAACACUGUAAAACUGACAAUAUUCCAAGUUAACUGGGAUAGGAAGUGGUAAUGUUUAGUACUGGCAUUAAAAUCAGUUAAAAGCUUUGAUAUUCAUCACAGAUUUUGGUUUUGAAGACCCUUGUAAGCAUGUUAUUUAAGUGAUUUUUAUUUCUUUGCGGUUUUACUUCUUGAAAAGGUCCACAAUAUAUUCUCCGUUGUGUGGUCUGUUUAGUUUCCUGUGAUGGUAUGCAAAGGGACGCUUUGGUUUUUUGCAAUUAGGUGAAGUUUUCAUGCCAUUCCAAGACGUAAGGUUCCAUUACCAACACAAGCCUGUGUACGUUUCCAAUGUUCAGACUCUGGAAAGUGAAUUUUAGGCUGUUAUUUGUUAUCGUGAAAUUAUUGUAUUUCCAACGUAAUAUAUCACGUAAAGUUCAUUAUAAAUCUAACAAUGGAAAACAAGCUUUUCAUUUACAAUUACAUUUCAGUACAGUAUAACAAUAUCAAGCCACUCGAUUCAUCACUAUCGUGGCCUUGCUAUAAAUUUCCCUCCUGCUGAGAAAAGUUAGUACUUUGACCUAAACUGAUUUGUUUUGUUGGCUAGAGCUUUGUGUUCACAAUCUGGUCUAUCUUAUAAAGGGAGUAAUACUUGGCAACUUCUGCCAUGUGUUUUUUGAAUAUCCAAACCAGAUAAACAUUUAGAUUAAUGUGGAAAUGGUUAAUAUCCCAAUGGUAAUGUUUGGGUGAAAUACAAGAAGAAUUUAGAAAAACUUGAAAUAAUCGAGAUGUUUUAUAGGUGUUUUAUUUAAAUAAAAAUGUUUAUUAGUCUUCAGGGUAUUUGUUUGGGUAUCGGCACUGUCAAGUCUUUUGAUUUGCUUCAAAUGUCAAGGAACCAGAAGACAUUGUUUGCAUCAGGCUUGACAGAUGUUGUCCCUUAAUCUACAAAUCUGUCCCCAGUGUCCUUAAUCCAUUUUUACGUUACCUUAUUCUUCUCAUGUCUGUCCAUGCCUUACUUUACACCAAAUGCAGUAACGAAAACUAGGUUCCUAGUCAUCAAUUUGUACUUUCCAACAGAUGUUUAUUUUUUCACUGUAACAUUGAACAGGUGACAUUGUACUUGGUAAUUGAGCAAAACAAAUACUUUUUAUGGGAAUGCCACAUGGUCAUUAAGUCCCAAUAAUCUGUUUUAGUUUUUAUGCACCACAAUCAUAUUCCUCUCUAUUAAUUGUAGCUCUUAACUUAAUCACCAUGAAGUUCCCAAUUUUUCAUUCCCACCACAAGUUUGUUACUCUGUAUGAGUGGAACCACUGAACGGCUGAAAUGAUGUCUAUCAAAGAUUUUCUUUUUUUUCUUUUAGGCUUUGUAAUUCAUUCACCGUGUUUGGUGACAAAUACAUUAAGGAGUUGCUUGAACCCAAUUUUCAUUGCACAUUUUUGGCGAUAAAACUUUCUAUUACGGCAUCAUAAAUCAGAUUGCAGAAUUUUUUCAAAUCAGUUUGGUUUGACAAUGAGGGCUUACCAUUGUGUGUUGAAAGAGAUUUGAAACAAACUUAUUGUGGCUUUCUGUUCUGAAUUGAAGUAACUUUAUUCUAAAUGAAACUCCAAUGCCAGUGGACUGUUGCUACAAAAUCAAUAAAGUUCCGUAACAAAGACAAUAAGACGUUGUGUUUUUAAUUGUCUCUGUUUUGUGUGGUUUUAGCUAUUUUGAAUGUGACAAGCAGUUAUGGAAUCAUUUAGAGUGGUUUAGUACGGGCCAUUAGGAGCAGUAAUCUCUUUUGUAUGUUUUUACCACAAUGUUUUCUCAAUAUGUUGUCUAAAUAACACUGAUUCAUGCCAUGUAAGAGAGCCGAGCCCUCUUUCCAUUUGAAAUGUCCCAUCACAAAUAUUCAUUAACAAAAUAAAAAUAAAAUCUCUUCGCAAAC